GAUUUAAGUUGACCCCAUACUGUAACCUAGCGUAACAUUAGUAGAAAACCGUACAAGGCUACAUAUGAAAUCGGAGAAAUACGUUGUAUCCCGUAAUGUUCCAACCAAUAGCCCAACCGAAUGACGAAUCGCCUAAGCUGUGAACUUCCUCAAAACGUGUGGUUGAAGGGUCGAAGAGAUGAAGAGGAGACUCCUGCUCGUGUCCAACUCAACGCUUCACGGGGGAGGAUAUCUGGAACAUUGUCAGCAACAGAUUAAAGACUUUUUCGGACACGGUGUGAAGAGGGUUUUGUUCAUCCCAUAUGCACUGCACAACAGAGAUGCUUAUGCAAAGACAGCUCGGGACAAGUUCAAAACCCUGGGGUAUGAGGUGGACAGCAUACAUGAGGCAUCAGACCCUGUGAAAGCAGUGAGGGAGGCUCAAGGCAUUUUCAUAGGUGGGGGCAACACUUUCCGUCUGCUGAAAAGUCUGUAUGAUAACAGCCUUGUAUCUGAGAUCAAAAAGAGGGUUCUACAGGACGGAGUGCCCUACAUGGGCUCCAGCGCCGGCACCAACGUCUCCACUGUCAGCAUCCACACCACCAACGACAUGCCCAUCGUGUACCCGCCCUCCUUCGCUGCCCUGGGACUGGUGCCCUUCAACAUCAACCCCCACUACCUGGACCCUGACCCCCACAGCAGACACAUGGGUGAGACGCGGGAGCAGAGGAUCACCCAAUUCCACGAGGAGCCAGACACGCCACCUGUUCUGGGAUUGAGAGAGGGAUCUCUGCUGCUUGUGGAAGGAAACAGGGCUACUCUACUGGGAACCUGCAAGGCCAGACUCUUUACUAGGGGGAAUCCAACAACCGAAUAUGAGACUGGCAGUGACCUCAGCUUCUUGCUGACAGACAGACAGUGAUGGACAGA